CGUGCGCGCGCUUGAUGUAGUUCCUCAUUUCAGCCUCCUCGUCUCCUCCUCCCGUCCAGUGACUGAGAGCCUGCGGCCAGUGAUGAGCCCUGCAUCCACACCGAUACAACCAGCGCACUGUAUUGACAACAGCAGCUUAUUUUGCUAUUAAUGUACUGAACGACGUUUAAAUGCAAAGCUAGAUUAUCAAGUUUCCAUUAAAACCGUGCACGCGACCGUUUAUGCAAAUGGACUAAUCGCGUACGUGCGUCUCCAAUCGCGCUCUGGAUGAACCGCGCGGUCUGAGCAUCUGAACAUCAGCACACUGCCUCUGCAGCCUCAACAGUCUCAAUGGAAACAGAGUACCAUCAGGCGUCUCUGGGCUCUCUGGUUUGCACCCAGGAUGAGGAGCCGACAAGCUGCCAGAUUCCUGGCCCUGUCACCUAUCAGCCGGGGCCCGCAGCGUCAGACUCCUUCCCUUGCCUGCGACCCCUCACCUUCCCUCAGCAGCCCAAAGAGGAGGUCCGCUGCUCGGGAGAGGUCAUCGUGAUGGUCAAGGACAAAGCAGAGAGCGCUGAUAAAAUUUGCUCUUCCUCGAAUGAUGCCUUUUCCUCCAAACCCAUCCUGUCGUCUCCCCCUCGCCGGCAUCACUCUUUGCCCCACACACACCAUCCACACGUGGGCCGCACUCGCAUGGGCAGCCGCUCCAGCUCCAUCGCCUACACAGCCUUCUCCCCACGGCCCUCCAUCUCUCGCCACUCCAGCAUCGCCACCAACCCACCGCUGGAUCGCUCCAAACCCAAAGACUACCUCAUCCUCGCCGUCAUCGCCUGCUUCUGUCCCGUCUGGCCCAUCAACAUUGUGGGAUUUGUUUACUCCAUCAUGUCGAGGAACAGUCUGGAGCAGGGGAACGUGGACGGAGCGAGGCGUUUGGGUCGAGUGGCUAAACUGCUGUCAGUGGUGUCGCUGGUGGGAGGAGCGGUCAUCAUCAUCGCCUGCGCCGUCAAUCUGUCCAUUAAUGUGAAGUCCUGAGUGAGGUGAGCGUGCCAUAGAAUCAGCUCCGCAUCAGACCACUGACCCGAACACCACGGCCCCAUUUGUUUUGCCCACUGCUGCUGUGACGGCAAUCACCACUUAGAGCAAUCGAUUAUGGGAUGCCUUUGCUCUCUGAAAGAACCCUUGGUAAAUCUGCACCGACAUGCCAUAAUUAAACAGACGGAGCGGGAUACUUCCACUGAAGUCUGAGUUUGCUCCUUGGCACUUACACUGAGCUCCGACAGCUGAAAAAAUGAACAAAUAUGACUCACGAUCUGUAAAGACCGGCUCUUGUUGAGGACAACUGCUGGUCAAGCAAAAAAAAAA